GUGACAUGUCGGCAAACUGAAGUGGCGCAAGCCCUUCGAUUAAAAGUUAUGACUGCAUGAAUAGGAUAUAGAAGAUGGAGGCAGAGCUCUCUCUGCAUAAGAGUUAGAACGGUGUCCAAGCCUACCUGAGGUAGUGCAAAUGCAUGUGAGUGGAGCGGAAAGUGGCCGGAUACUGGAUCCGAGAGUUGUGGACCAUCCUCCUUCUAAUUAGCGGAAAGCGGGGAAUAAGAAGAAGAAGAGAAAUGCGGUUCAGGAUGAGGUCGUGAUAGUGCUUCCAUCCUUCUCCUUCUAUUUGGCAGCAACCGGGGGAUCCCGAGCACGUCAUACGAAAUGGCCGGAGAAUUUCGCUAUUCAUAGACGACAAGGUGCGAUUACUUUCUUCCGGUGGUUUGAGAAGAAAUGAGGAGAGCGGAACGUGUUCGUCGGCGACGAGGGUGGCUUGUUAUUGCAGGGCUUGAGCGAAUUAAGGCGCACAUCCUGGCAGUCUGGCGGAGGGCGGGAUGCUUCACAGUGAUUCCUCAUGCAGCUGUCCCCGGCUUUGCACAUGACGAUGCGGGUGGCGGUGAGGGAGCGGGCUCGAGGAGAGGACGUGCCGUGAACAUGUUCAACCACAGCAGCAGCACUGUGGCCCCCCUGGGUAGCAGUUGCACGAUACCGGCAUCUGUCGCGGAAACACGAAGCAUCAGAACCCGAUUCAUGGGAGACCGUGUUGAAAGCCGGGGACAUGCUACAACUGCACGCACGGCCGGCUCAGGCGCACUCAUCUCGCCGUGGUGUCAACUCCAGACACGCCAGGCUGCCUUGCUAUUUCGGGCGCAGGAGAGGCAGGCCGAUCGGCAGAGACGGUGGCAGCAGACGGACUCGCUAUGGGGCGUUGCGCAACUCCACGGCGUGCUCGGCUGGACCCCACAGCGGCCGCAUCGACGGCGUGCCUGUUGUCUUCCUUCUGUCUUCGGAUCGUCGUGGCCGGCUCCUCGUGGCGGGCGUGGUGGCGGAAGUGUUUCACCAUUGCGCGCCGCUUGA